GCUCCAGUCCCACGUUGAGAGAACAUCAAAAGACUUCCAUUAAUGGAACACACAAAGUACAUUUGUCUCAGGUUGUUGUUGGGGCUGUGCUGCUGAAUGCCUCCCCCCUCUCCAGCUCUGAACCGAUACCAUCUUGAUAUGGUUAACAUGGCCGUGACGCCAAUACGUUACAAGAUACCGUACAUCGGCCGGCCUCAUUUGAGCCGGAAUAUCCCGAGACACCGCGAGGGGCUGUUCGUGUGUGACCCCGGUUCCACGGUACACGGUUUGAGAUGGUUCUCUUCCGGUUCUGUUGAUAUCGGCAGAAGAUGGUCUUUGCAAAAUGAGAAAAUGGUCGGAGCACCCUUUCUACGGCGAGAUUCCUGGGCAGAUGGCCACCUAAAACGCCUUGUAAAGAAUGCUCCUCACAGGAAAAGCGCGCACGUCACGUGUCAUGCUUCCAACGAUAGCAGUGAGAGCCAAUUGAGGGCACUUGAUUCUUAUUUUGGCAAACUUGGUGAUGUCGACAAGCCCGUCUUGGACGACGAUUCUAGUGUAAAGAUUGAAGUGCUCGGAAAAAGCGAUCUGUUCAAGUCGGAAAGGGGGUUGGACUUGCGGGAUGCUUAUCUUGGCAAAGCUGAGGGAGGAAAGGGCAUGUCAGAUACCAACUCCGGAGCCUGUUCAUCAUCGAGUUCCCAGGACAAGGUCACCGCCAGAAGCGAUCUUAUGGAAACUCCAUUCCCUCCCAGCGAAGAAUCUAAAAUAGUUCAUUGGAGGAAAACGAGAGCUCGCAAUGAACCAAGGCUUAUGAGGGACGAGAAGGGGCAGGAUUCUCAAGUUUUACAAAACUUCGAUGACAUUUCAGAUCUUUACUUAAUAAGUAUCAUAGCUUCCAUAAACAUUGCCGUGUUUCUGUUCGAAUUAGCGAGGCCUGUCAGGAACUCAGACAUGGACCUAUUCUCUCUUCCGCUGCUGUACGGAGCGAAAAUCAAUCACCUCAUCCUGACCGGAGAAUGGUGGAGGCUUGUGACACCAAUGUUUCUGCACUCUGGAGUUUUCCAUAUAGCUCUUGGUUGUUGGGCGCUUCUCGCAUUCGGGCCAAAGGUUUGCAAAGGCUAUGGUUCAUUCACAUUCUUCCUGACAUACUUGCUUGGAGGAAUAUCUGGCAACUUGACAAGCUUUCUGCACACGCCCGAUCCGACUGUCGGUGGCACGGUAAGCAUCAACUACAUACCAUUCUCUGUUUCCACAUUUAUGGAAUUGAGAAGCCAAACUCAGAUUCAGCAACAUUUUCAACUUACUGGGACUACAGCUGAUUUUGGUUAUGAUAUCUCGCUGCAGGGACCGAUAUUCGCCAUGAUAGGUGCCUGGCUCAUCUACCAAACCCAAAACAAAGAAAUGAUUUCGAAGGACGUAUCGGAGAGCAUGUUCCAGAAGGCAGUAGUCGCGACGGCUCUCAGCUUCCUAUUGAGCAACUUUGGCCACAUAGAUGACUGGACGCACUUGGGAGCAGCCGUCAUGGGCAUAGUGUACGGCUACUUCACGUGCCCGACCUUACAAUUGGACGAUGCGUCUUCGACCUCCGGACAGGAAGAAGGAAUCACUCUCGUUAGGCAACCUGCAGAUCCUCGCAAAUCGCUGCUCGUCUUCGUUCUCUUAAUCCUUGCGUUGGGCUCUCUGGUUUACUUCAUCGAGCCACCCCUAGGCACGCUUAUGACCGAUAACCUUGUAUAAAAUAUGUAAGUAGUGUGAUGAUAUAGAUACAGGACCGUGUUAGAUGAUCUUACGGAAGGCUCCCUCUCUCUUCAUCUUACGUCGCUGUUUCUUUUGGUUCUUUUUGCGCCCUUUUGGCUCUUCCUUGUUGGCGUGACGAGCAUUGAUUUAACAGACUUGGGUGGAAACCCAUCGACCAACUUCGCGCUGAUGUUCGCUCUUCUGCCGGGAGGAUUGGGUGUCUGUUCGGUGCUAUCUGGUUUUGCCCAUCUUUGCGCGUGGCGGAACGAGAGAGUCUGGCCCAUGCGGCUUCGGCAGCUAUGGUCGCAUCGGGCGAUCACAGCUCUCGCAAUUCGGGUAUGUGAUUUUGCCUGAGAAGAAAUCGGAAUGGACAGUUCUGAUCGUCUUGGAGUACAUCCCAUUGCACACUACUGUUAUCACCAGAAAAGAGCCACGGACAUACUGGCUUCCUCUGUUUCUGUUGGUUUUU